GCCGGUAACUGAUAACUCAAGACUCCACAUCGGAUUUCUAGAACUGAGACAUCUCUGAGGCUGCAGAUUUUCCGAGGAAAUCCCGUGAUUCCUCGGGACAACUUUGAUGAAUUCGGCCUCAAAAAUGGCCGCUGCUGGACGUCGUCUGAUUCCGCUCCUUGACCGCAUCCUCGUGGAGAGGUUCGCUCCCGAAGUCAAGUCAAAGGGAGGAAUUCUUCUACCGGAGCAGAGUCAGAACAAAGUUCAAACGGCCACCGUCGUUGCGGUCGGUGACGGAGGAUACUCGAAGGACGGCCAGAGGAUUCCGGUCUCGGUCAAGGCAGGCGACAAAGUCGUCCUGCCCGAGUACGGUGGACAGAAGAUCGAAGUCGACAAGAAAGAGCUCUUCAUUUUCCGAGACUCUGACAUCCUCGCCAAAUGGCAGGAUUAGUUCCCCGAGAGUAUUAAAAUGAAGCGUUAGUUCGUCCCUUAUCUUUCGUAGGAAGCGGAAAGCGAAUAAAUCAAUGUCUCGUCAAGGAUGAUGCGUACUGUAAAUUGAAAACACACACCUCACAGACAAAGGAAUACACAUUGAAUAAAUUUCCACCGUAAAUUUCUACAAA